AUGAAACCAUUUACACAAAUAAAUAAUUUUUAUAAAACAAAGUCCAAUUUCAAGAGUUUAUUAGAUUUUAAUAAUAAUAAUAAACAUUUGAAUACUAAAUCAAAAUUACAGAUUGGUAUUAAACAUCGCGUUCAAAAUUGUACACAAAAAACAAAAAAAGGUGAUUUUUUAUGUGUUUAUUACACGGGAUAUCUUGAUAAUGGUACAAUAUUUGAUAGCAGUUUACGAUCGAUAAAUAAUGAAAAUGUCCCAUUAACCUUCGCACUGGGAUCUGGACAAGUUAUUAAAGGAUGGGAUCAAGGACUUAUUGGCAUGUGUGAAGGGGAAAAACGUAAAUUGAUAAUACCAUCUGAAUUAGCGUAUGGGUCAGUUGGAGUUCCAUCAAAAAUACCACCAGAUGCUACAUUAAUAUUUGAUGUACAUUUAGAUAAAAUUGAAAGGCGAAAAAAAUCUUAAUUCUAUCUUAUUUUUAAACAAAUUUUAUUUAUUGAUCAUUCCAAAAUCAUUGCUUUUAAUUUUUUGUUACUGAACAUACAUUUUUUAUUUAAUUUCGACGUUUUUACUGCCUCAAAU